UCCAGUGUCUGUUCCUGGAUGUGAGAUAGAGCUGGCAGAGAGCUUUCCUCAGGAAAGAGUAGAUGCUGCAGCACUGCUGAAAGAUAUUUCCUCCACUGAAAAGGGAAUACACCACAGUAGUCUCUAGCUACAGUGCAGGAGCCAGUCAUGGCGCUGCGUCCACGGGCUUCCUCCCAGCCUGGGAAACCUUCGUUCUUACAGAGCCCCAAGGUGGUCAUGGCUCUGCGGCCCAGGGCCGUGUCCUCUCACUCAAGCUCCAUGCUGGAGGAUGAGCUAACCUGCUCUGUGUGCUGCGAGAUCUUCAGGGACCCUGUGGUGCUCAAGUGCACCCACAGCUUCUGCCGGGCCUGCCUGCAGCAGUUCUGGAACCAGAAGAAGGCGAGGCGCGAGUGUCCUGUGUGUCGCAGGAAGUGUUCCCUGACGGAGCCCACAGUGAGCCUGGCUCUGAAGAACGUGGCCGAUACCUUCUUCAGGGAGCAGAGGAGCCAGGGCGAGGCGGGCGGAGGGCCGGACAGAGGAGGCAUCCCAGUAAAGUCUGAGGCGAAGUGCCACACACACGGGGAGGUGCUGAAGCUGUUCUGCCAGGACGAUGCAGAGGUGCUCUGCUGUGUGUGUCACACGUCUAAGAGGCACCAGGGCCACUGUGUGAUCCCACUGGAGGAGGGGGCCCAGGAGCUCAAGGAAGAAAUGAAGAAAGAAUUGAUCCCUCUGAAGAAGAGCCUCCGUGGCCUCUAUGAAGCCAAGCAGGAGUGUGAUGACACAACUGUGCACAUCAAGAGCCAGACCCAGCAGACAGAGAAUCACAUCAGAGAGGAGUUUGAGCAGCUCAGGCAGUUCCUUCAGAAUGAGGAGGAAGCCAGGAUAGCUAUCCUACAGGAGGAAGAUGAGCAGAAGAGACAUCUGGUGAGGAAGAAGACAGAGGGCAUCACGGCAGACAUCCUCACCCUCUCUCAUGCCAUCAUCGCUAUUGAUAACGACAUAGCCUCCAGUGAUGCUCUUUUCCUCCAGAACUACAGAAACACAAAGAAGAGAGCUGUGAUACCUCAGAAGGGUCCAGAGGAGAUCUCAGGUGCUAUGAUCAACGUGGCGAAGCAUGUCAGCUCCCUCAAGUACAAGGUCUGGGAGAAGAUGGUGGGGCUGGUGGAGUACACUCCUGUGACUCUGGAUCCUAACACGGCCUACUCCUGGCUCUCUCUGAACAAGGACCUGACCAGUGUGACCAACAGUGGUCAUGUGCAGGUGCUCCCAGACAACCCAGAGCGUUUUGACCACUUCGUGUUCGUCCUGGGCUCUGAGGGCUUCACCACUGGCUGCCACGCCUGGGAGGUAGAGGUGGGGGACAAGGACGACUGGAUGCUGGGUGUGGUCAAGGAGUCCAUCAACAGGAAGGGCCGGAUCUCAGGCUGCCCUGAGGGCGGCUUGUGGAUGAUCUCCCACUGCGAGGGUGAGUAUAUGGCCAUGACCCGGCCACGCACCCCUCUCAAACUGACAGGGGAGCUGAAGAGGGUCAGGGUGCAGCUGGACUACGACUCUGGGGAGGUGACCUUCUCCAACCCUGUUAAUAUGACGUCCAUCUACACCUUCAAUGAUUUCUUCACUGAGAGGAUGUUCCCCUUUUUCUGCCCUGGAGCCAACAUCAACGGCAACAACCCCGGCCCGCUGAAGAUCUGCCCGGUCAAAGUGGCUGUGUGGAACAGCGCCACCUGGUGAUGAGGAGGGGUUCUGACAGCACCAUUCAAAGAGAGUGGUAGCUGUACAUCCAAGGCACAUAUCCAGCCUCAAGACACAUAGGUAAUGACGUAGUGAAAUGUUUGGCACGGUGUGUGUGGAAAACAUUUUGUAAGAUCUUUUAGAGAUUUUUUUGAUUGCCUUUUGACUUUAUCGAUAGAAGAAAUUAGAUACUGAUUAUUACCGAAAGACUCCAUUUGACAUUGGCUUUUUUGCCAUGUUAUGGAAUGUGUAGUAAAGAGCAUGUGUGAGAUGAAUGAAGAUAUUCGAUACGACACAAUGAAUAUUACAAUUCAUGUAUAUAAAAGCCCCAAAAUGUUUUUUUUCU